AUGGACCUAGCACACGGAGCUUUGGUUGUGGCUCUCCUUGCGAUAAUCAGUAUCACGACAAGUUUUAACAAGAAGAAAGCGCGAAGAAACCUCCCUUUGCCCCCUGGUCCAAGGCCCCUGCCUAUCCUUGGCAACUUGCAUCGCAUGAAUACAGUCUUUCCUUGGAUCACAUACAAAGAAUGGAGUGAUAUCUAUGGCGACAUUAUAUACUCUCGUAUCCUCAACCAGGACGUAAUCAUCUUGAACUCUGAGAAGGUAGCACGAGCGCUUCUUGAGAAGCGCUCUGGCAACUAUUCUGACAGACCCCGUUUUGCUACAAUGGAAUUGCAAGUAAUACGAUGCAUGCUUUUCAAACCUACUCACACUAUUUGUCUUAAAGGCUACGGUGAUGCUUGGCGCAGGCACAGACGAAUAUAUCAUCAAGCCUUCCGCCCUGAAGCCGCUGUGAUUUACAGACCUAUGCAGCUCCGCAAGGCGCACCAGCUCUUGCUCAAUCUUUUCCAUGACCCCGCUAAAUAUGAAAUGCAUCUGGAAACUCACUCGGCAUCCAUCGUCAUGUCUGCUGUUUAUGACUAUGACACGAAGCCCGAUGAUCCCCUCGUUUCCAUGAUUCAGGGGGCAAUGCAUAGAAUCAUUCAUGCUGAGACUCCAGAAAAGGCGGCUAUCAUUGAUUCCUACCCUGCCUUGACCUUAAUCCCUGCCUGGUUUCCUGGAGCAUCAUUCAAGCGACAUGCUUUGGAACUGAAGAGCGUACUCAAGGAUAUGGUUGAGAAACCAUUCGAAUAUGCGAUUGACAGAAUUUCCUCUGGGUUGUCUUCCCCCUCCAUGGUCUCCGAAGGACUCGCACGAUUUCAAGGCGAUCCGUCCUUUGAGUUGGCCAUUAAAGAGUCCAGUGCAACUGCAUUUGGGGCUGGUUCCGAGACUACACAUUCGGUCGUACUCGUCUUUGUACAAGCGAUGGUUCUCAAUCCAGAAGUUCAGAAACGUGCUCAAGCAGAAAUUGAUCGUGUCGUAACAGCUGACAGACUCCCCGACUUUGGUGAUCGUGAUUCUAUGCCAUACAUCGAAGCUAUCCUGCGCGAAACAUUGAGGUUCUAUCCGAUUGUACCUCUCGGCGUCCCUCAUGCUGCUGUGAACGACGACGUGUAUGAUGGAUACUUUAUCCCCAAAGGAACAUCUAUCCUGACGAAUGUCUGGGCAAUGACACACGACGCCACGAAAUACCCUGCUCCUUUCGAAUUCAAGCCCGAACGAUUCUUCACACCCUCUGGCGACCUGAACGACGACCACGUUACUCCCGUUUGGGGAUGGGGCAGACGCAUAUGCGUGGGGCGUUACGUUGCAGAUGCGACUUUAUGGUCUGCGAUCGCUUCCACGCUCGCUGUCUUCGAUUUCUUGAAAGCCACGGACGCAAAUGGAAAAGAUAUCAAUUUUGAACCUCGGUGGACUUCCGGAAUUAUGUCGCGUCCCGUGAGCUUCCCAUGUCGGAUUGUCCCUCGACGACGUGACAUGGAUGUGGAGAAACUUACAUCCCUGAUUAGCGCCACUGCGUGA